AAUAAAUACAUAUUUAUAUAGUGUAUAUCUACAUAAUAUAAUUAAUUAUAUUUAAAACCAAUAUAAUAUAAUUAUUAACAAUUAAUUACAUCAGUUUUUUUAUCAUCCAUGCAUCUUCAUAAAAUAUUUACUCUUUCAUCAUUUUCUUAUAAGAUGCAGCUUCCUCUCCAGCAUACUUAAUCAUAGUUAUAUGUAUAAAUAUUCUCUAAAGUUUAACUUAGUUAUAUCGUUAUUGAAGUAAGGUGAUAAAAUGAGUAACGUUGUCGAAAUUGAAGUAAUCUCCAAUGAGAUUAUUAAACCUAAUUCUCCAACCCCAGAUCAUCUCCGCCGUUACAAGCUCUCUAGCCUCGAUCAAAUAUCUCCCAAAGUUUAUAACCCUUUACUCUUUUUCUAUGAACUUAACGGUACCGAUGAUCCUGAUGAUGAACACCAUAAGUUCAACAAUAUCACCUUCAUAUCCAAUCACCUCAAGAAGUCUUUGUCUGAGGUCUUAGCCCUUUUCUACCCACUCGCCGGACGACAACUCAAAGGCGACCUAAUCGUCGACUGUAACGACGAGGGAGUUCCAUUCCUUGAAGCCAAAGUGAAAGGCCAAUCAAUUUCUGACGCUAUCAAAGCUCCAAUCGCAAGUGACCACAACAAGUUCCUUCCAUUUAAGCUCGACGAAGUCGGAGAGUUUGCCCUUGGCGUCCAACUCAACGUCUUCGAAAGCGGAGGAAUCGUCAUCGGCGUAUGCAUUUCCCAUAAGCUUGCAGACGCUUUGUCUAGUAUCAUGUUCGUCAAAACUUGGGUGGCCACUGCUCGUGGUGAGGCUGACACAAUUGCCCCACCUGAAUUCGUUUCGGCCACACUCUUCCCACCCAAGAAUUUGAGAUCGUAUGAUUCAACUGUUGGCAUAACAAGAAAGAACAUCAUAGCUAAGAGGUUUAUCUUUGACUCCACGGCAAUUGAAACUCUCAAAACGAAAUUAAGCGACCAGGACAGAGCGCCUUCACGUGUGGAAGCUUUAUCAACUUUCAUAUGGAGUCGAUUUAUGGCUGCAACCUACAAAUCUGAUGAUUCGAAGAAGCUUUACACUAUUAUUCAUCCCGUGAAUCUACGGCCGAAAUUCGACCCGCCUCUCCAAAAUCAUCAUUUCGGAAACUAUUAUAGGGUUGCCUUUACGGUGGUUCCUUCCUCGUGUAUUAGUACUGUUGGAGAAGAUUCUUGUGGUCGAGAGUUGGUGAAGCAGAUAAGAGAGGAAAUAAAGAAGAUUGAUACGGAGUUUGUGACGAAACUAAUAGAGGGUAAUGAAGAACAUUUUGAUAUCCUUGAGGACAGUGCUAAUAGAUUCGUCAGAGAUGAAUUGGUUACGUCUGCCUUUACUAGCUUGUUAAAGUUUCCAAUUUAUGAAGCUGAUUUUGGAUGGGGUAACCCUACAUGGGUUGGCUCUCCUGCCCUAAAUUUCAGCAACGUAACUGCUUUCUUUGACACCAAAACUGGGGAUGGAAUAGAGGCCUAUAUUAGUUUGAAUCGGGAUGAUAUGGCUAAGUUGGAGGCUGAUAAUGAGUUUCAAGCAUUCGUUUCUCCAUUACUUGGAUGUUGAUUGUAAAUUAGCUAGCUAGCUAGUGUUUAGGAGGAGUUUACUUGAUAUGUGUGUGUGGUCGAUAUUAUGUGUGUUAUCAACUAAAACGUGUGGGAAUGCAAUUUAUGAAAAGAAAAAAAAAAUUGACAUAGUAUACGUAGUAGCUAGUAGUAGAGAAGAAAAUCUAUGGAUGCCUAUAUAUUUUCGGAUUUUUGUAAAAAGCAUAUGUUAAAAUUAAGUUUUACAUAUAUUGUAACUAUUUUAAUAAUUAUAUAUUACUGUCCAAAUAUAUUGUGCGAUGUCAUUAUCGUA